AUGCAUGAUACUUUGACAGUGGCGGAGGAGCAGCUGCCGGGUCUCGCAAAGGUCAACGCCGGCGACCUCAUCGCAUACGAGUUCCUCGACAUCGCUACAUGUGCCUGGCGCUGCGAACUAGCGACUGUUAUUGGCACAACGGAAAGCCGCACGAUCGAGGUGGAGCGACUGACGCAGACCACGCGGGUGGGAAGCGAGUCCCUCACCGUCCAAACGGAGGAGGGCAAGUGCAUCCUCGAGAAGAUGGAACGGCUGCAGCAGCAGUUCAUGCAGACCGUGGUGGAUGCCGACCAGCGUGUGGAGAAAAUCCGCGAGAAGCGCGAGGCCUUCAUGGCGGAGCAGCGUGAGGUGGAAGAAGCCAUGAUGCAGGCGGAGGAGCAGCUCGGCGAUGUGCGCACGGCGGUGUCGAAGAUCGAUGCGCGGCAUUGGCGCGAGUUGGCGUCGUACCGGACGCCGCCGGACAUCGUGGUGCGUGUGAUGAGCGCGGUGCUGCUCAUCAUGGGCGAACGGCGACGCACGUGGAACGAGAUCCUGCCGGUGAUACACCGCCCCGGUAUGGCCAACUUGCUGGCGGAGUUUGAGUCGCAUGACAUGCCGCCGGCACUGCGCAACGAGGUGGUGCAGCGCUACAUCGACACGCCGCGGUUCUCGUACGAGGAGGCGGUGAAGGGCAGCCAGGCGCUUGCGCAGCUGUACCGGUGGGUGGUGGCGCACGUGCAGGUGGUUGGCACCGGCGAGCGGCGCAAGCACAUCAACUCCUUCCAGGAGCGCCGCAACUCCGAGAUCGAGGUGAUGGAAAAGCUGCUGGAGGAGGAGGGCGCGCGCGUUACGAUGCUUAAUGAGCAAAUGGAUGAUUUGUGGGAGAAGUUCCAGGCGGCGGAGGGACUCAACUCUCCCCUCUUCAGCGCGGCCGGCCGCGCCGCGGCGAUGGCGGCGGCGACGGGUGAAAGCAACGCCGCACACGAAGCUCUGCGCGCGUGUUCGUAUGAGGAGGGCGCCAGCAUGGCCGCCAUCAGGCGCAUGGCACGGCGGCCGUGGCGCUUCUCCUCACGCCAUGAGCGGCGCACCAUUCUGCACUCAAGCAUCUUGUGCAGUUUUGGCCCUGCUCCACCGCAAGACGACAUUAUAAUACUCACCGGGCAGCAGUGCCGCGCACUUUUGAGCACAACGCAGGCACGAGCACAGAUAUGUGAUGCGUCGAGGGAGGACCUUUCUGGGUCAGGGGCGUGCCACGACGUUCCUUUCGACACAACAAGCGAACACAACCGAAGUACAAAGUCACACGGAGAGGUUACUCCCAUAAUGAACGGAAGCGCAGCGGCUAAUGAAGACGGAUCGUCACUGGCUCGCAUCAACGAGCUUGACCGCCAGUUGAAGGAAAGUGCAAAGACCGUGGCGGUACUGGAGACCCAACUACGAGAACGUAAGGAGGUCAAUGAAUUAUUGGAGCGCCAGCUGCAGGAGCGGGAGAAUGCCCUGGCCGCUGUGCAGCACCAGCUGCGGGAGAGCGAUGAGUCCACUACAGACACUGCACCGCUGUCCCAUGUCAAUGAGUUGGAGCGCCAGCUGCAGGAGCGGGAUAAUAUCCCUAUAGCUUUCCAACGCCGGCCGCAGGAGACAACGGAGGCCGUCACAGACACUGCGUUGCUUUCUCAUGUCAAGGAGUUGGAGCGCCAGCUGCAGGAGCGAGAGAAUGCCCUGGCUGCUGUGCGGCACCAGCUGCAGGAGGACAAAGAAGCCAAUGAAUUAUUGGAGCGCCAGCUGCGGGAGCUGGGGAAGACCACCAUUGUUGUUCAACGCCAACCGCAGGAAAGAACGGAGGCAACAGAAGACACUGCACCGCUGUCCCAUGUAAAGGAGUUGGAGCGCCAGCUGCAGGAGGGCAAGGAAGCCAAUGAAUUAUUGGAGCGCCAGCUGCAGGAGCGUGAGAAUGCCCUGGCUGCUGUGCAGCACCAGCUGCGGGAGAGCGAUGAGUCCACUACAGACACUGCACCGCUGUCCCAUGUAAAGGAGCUGGAGCGCCAGCUGCAGGAGGGCAAGGAAGCCAAUGAAUUAUUGGAGCGCCAGCUGCNAUGUAAAGGAGCUGGAGCGCCAGCUGCAGGAGGGCAAGGAAGCCAAUGA